AUGGCUGUGGGAACGGCUUCGUUACAGGAUCGCCUGGAAAGGUGGUCCCAGCGCCUCAGCAAUCUCACAGUGUCGCCAUUGACUCGCGAUUACCCAGAUACUCAACAGGAUGGCAUUGGGAAGCGGGCCAUCGAGGCCUUUGAAUCUAUCAAACUGCCCCAGGAAGCUCAAUUGGCCCUAAAGAAGCUUUCUGGUUCAUCUUCCUCGGAUUUCACCGUUUUUCUGACUGCUUUGGUUAUCCUGGUGGCUCGUUUGACUGGUGACGAAGAUAUCGCGGUGGGCACAAGCGUUGGCGACGAUGGUCGUCCAUUUGUCCUUCGUGUGCCCUACGAGGCAUCCGAGACCUUUGCCCAGCUCUAUGCUAAGGUCGACAAGGCAUUCCAAGAAGGUGCCUCCGAAAUAGUCCCUCUCGGUAGCCUUCGCUCCUAUAUCCAGGACAAGUCGAAGUCCGAACAAACUCCAAUUCUGUUCCGUUUCGCCGCAUAUGAUGCCCCUGCUGCCUCUCAGGAGUACCCUGCCAACACAUUCGACAACACCGAUCUAGUCAUAAACAUCGCCACAACCGGAUCUGCAUCGGAGCUUGAACUCGGAGCCUACUACAACCAGCGUUUGUUCUCUAGUGCUCGGAUAGCCACCAUCCUUCAGCAGCUGGCCCAAAUUGCCAGCACAGCCAGCGCUGAGGAGGCGGUUGGCCGUAUUGAUCUCAUGAGCGAUGAUCAGCUAGCUCUCCUUCCAGACCCCACAAGGGACCUGAACUGGUCCAAGUUCCGUGGUGCCAUCCAUGACAUUUUCUCUGCGAAUGCCGAGAAGCACCCGGAGAAGCUCUGCGUGGUGGAGACCAAGUCGAGCUCCCAAGCCCACCGUGAAUUCACAUAUAAGCAGAUCAACGAGGCUUCCAAUAUCUUGGGUCACCACCUCGUUCAAUCUGGAAUCCAACGAGGGGAGGUCGUCAUGGUCUAUGCCUACCGUGGUGUGGACCUGGUGGUUGCUGUCAUGGGUAUCUUGAAGGCUGGUGCCACAUUCUCGGUCAUUGACCCGGCCUAUCCACCUGAGCGUCAGAACAUCUAUUUGGAUGUUGCUCGCCCCCGUGCUUUGAUCAACAUCGCCAAGGCUACCAAGGAUGCUGGUGAACUUUCGGGCAUUGUUCGAUCUUUUAUCAAUGAGACCUUGGAGCUUCGCACUGAGGUGUCGGCUCUUGCUCUUCACGAUGACGGAACUCUGACUGGUGGAUCUAUCAACGGCCAGGAUGUUUUCACCAAGCAGGUUGAGUUGAAGUCCAAGCCCGUCGGUGUUGUUGUUGGACCUGAUUCAACACCCACACUUUCUUUUACUUCUGGCUCUGAGGGUCGUCCAAAGGGUGUUCGUGGUCGCCACUUUUCCCUGGCCUACUAUUUCCCUUGGAUGUCUGAGACCUUCAAGCUUACUCCCGAUGAGAAGUUCACUAUGCUGAGUGGAAUUGCUCACGACCCAAUUCAGCGUGAUAUUUUCACCCCUCUGUUUUUGGGUGCUCAGCUGCUGGUCCCUGCCAAGGAGGAUAUUCAAAACGAGAAGCUUGCCGAGUGGAUGCAAAAUUAUGGUGCUACUAUCACCCAUCUUACACCAGCCAUGGGCCAAAUUCUGAGAGAUUGCAAGGCCUUGCAAGGCCUUGCUCCUAACACUGCGAUUGUCAACAUGUACGGAACCACUGAGACCCAGCGUGCUGUCAGUUACUACGAGAUCCCUAGCUACUCCAGCCAAGAGGGAUUCCUCGAUACCAUGAAGGAAGUUAUCCCCGCCGGUCACGGUAUGCUCGACGUCCAGAUGCUCGUCGUCAACCGUUACGACCCCACCCGCAUUUGCGCAAUUGGUGAGGUUGGAGAGAUUUACGUCCGUGCUGCUGGUCUCGCCGAGGGCUACCUGGGAACCCCGGACCUCAAUGCCACCAAGUUCCUGACCAACUGGUUCGUGAAGCCCGAGGUUUGGACCGAGAAGGAUAAGGCGGAGUCCAAGAACGAGCCCUGGAGGGAAUUCUACGUUGGUCCUCGAGACCGUCUUUACCGCAGUGGUGACUUGGGUCGUUACACUCCUUCUGGUGACGUGGAAUGUUCUGGUCGAGCUGAUAGCCAGGUCAAGAUCAGAGGUUUCCGAAUUGAGCUCGGUGAAAUUGAUACCCAUCUUUCUCGCCACCCUCUGGUUCGUGAGAAUGUGACUCUUGUUCGACGUGACAAGUUCGAGGAGCCGACCCUGGUCAGCUAUUUCGUGCCCGAUAUGAGCAAAUGGGCCCAGUGGCUUGAAAGCAAGGGCCUCCAGGAUGACGAUUCCGCGGAUGGCAUGGUCGGUUUACUUCGUCGCUUCCGUCCCCUCCGCGACGACGCCCGGGAUCACCUGCGUAGCAAGCUCCCAGCGUAUGCUGUCCCGACUGUCAUCAUUCCUCUCAAGCGCAUGCCGUUGAACCCCAAUGGCAAGAUUGACAAGCCUGCCCUCCCCUUCCCUGACACCGCAGAAUUGAGUGCCGCCGCCCCGCGCCGUCGCUCUUCUGCGAUGCAGGCCCUGAGUGAGACCGAGCAAGCACUUGCUAAGAUCUGGGCCAAGCGUAUUCCGAAUGUUACUUCUCGAAUGAUUGGACCUGAUGACUCGUUCUUCGAUCUGGGUGGCCAUAGUAUCCUCGCCCAGCAAAUGUUCUUCGACCUGCGCCGUCAGUGGCGUGCUCUCGAUAUUAGUAUGAGCGCUAUCUUCCGCAGCCCAACACUUAAGGGCUUCGCUGGUGAGAUCGACAAGCUGCUUGACUCGGAGUCCUUCGCCACAAGCGAUAACGCCGGUGCCACGGCCGAGGCGCCCAACGAUGAGUACUCUAAGGAUGCGAAGCAAUUGGUCAACGAGCUGCCUGCGAGCUUCCCCACCCGUAGUGAACCUAUGCUCGCCAGCGAGCCGACCAUUUUCCUCACCGGUGCAACCGGUUUCCUGGGCGCUCAUAUUUUGCGCGACCUGAUUACUCGCAAGUCCCCUAGUGCCAAGGUUGUUACCCUGGUUCGCGCCAAGAGCGACGAGCAAGCCCUUGAGAGAGUCCGCUCUACCUGCCGCGCAUAUGGAUUCUGGGAUGAGACCUGGACCAGCAGACUCCAGGCCGUCUCCGGUGACCUUGGAAAUCCCCAGUUCGGUCUGCCCCAUGCUACUUGGGAUGACUUGGCUAACCGUGUUGAUGCGGUUAUUCACAACGGUGCCCUUGUGCACUGGGUCUACCCUUACUCGACCCUGCGACCUGCCAACGUCCUGGGUACCAUUGAUGCUUUGAAGCUGUGCGCUACUGGCAAGGCUAAGCAACUUGCUUUUGUCAGUUCUACUAGUGCUUUGGACAAGGAUCAUUACGUGGAACUCUCUGAGCGCAGCAUUGCCGAGGGUGGAAAUGGUGUCAGCGAAGAGGAUGACAUGGAGGGUAGUGCCGUCGGUCUCGGUACGGGUUACGGUCAAAGCAAGUGGGCUGGUGAAUACCUUGUCCGCGAAGCCGGCCGCCGUGGUCUGAGGGCUACCAUCAUCCACGACUUCCUUGUUCGCAUGCUCCGUGGAUGCAUCCAGCUCUCUGCCCGACCCAACAUCAACAACAGUGUCAACAUGGUGCCAUGCGAUCAUGUUGCGAGAAUCGUCAUUGCCACAGCAUUCCAUCCGCCUCGCGACCCUGUUGGAGUCGCCCAUGUUACGGGCCACCCUCGCCUCCGCUUUAACCAGUUCCUGGGCGCGCUCGAGCUCUACGGCUACGAUGUUCCGCAGGUUGAUUAUGUUCCCUGGGCUCUGUCCCUUGAGCAGUACGUCAACGACGGCAAGCAUGAUGACAAGGAUUCUCAGCACGCCUUGAUGCCACUUUAUCACUUCGUCACGAACGAUCUGCCGGCGAAUACCAAGGCCCCUGAGCUGGAUGACCGUAACGCGGCCGCUGCUCUCAAGUCCGAUGCGGUUUGGUCUGGCGUUGAUGUAUCUGCCGGUGCUGGUGUGACCGAGGAGCUGGUUGGCAAGUAUGCCUCUUACCUGGUUGAGAUUGGAUUCCUACCUCCUCCGACUAUUGCCGGAGCUCGCCCCUACCGGCUGCAGGUAUUACCGAGGAGCAGAAGAAGACACUCCUCGGGGUUGGUGGCCGUGGUGGAGCCGCGUAGGGUUGAAUGGUAA